ACCGGGGCGCAGGACGCGUGAAGGACGCGUAAAAAGGAGCCCAGCUGCCUCUAUUGAAAGCCACAGCGCUGAAGCGUUCGGACUCCUCUUUUACAUCCAUGUGCGCGUUUUUUUUUCUCCCCUGCGAACCUCGGAUGCUUUUAUUUCUUGCAGAAUCGGAGGCCCGUUUUCUACCAUGAUGCUCGGAUUUUGCGGGAGUUUUUGCCCCCAACUCUGGAUUAAGCCGGGAUUUCUGCGGCAAUAACUAAAGAGGAAACAAGAGCGACGCUCUUCAGCGGGAGUCGCAGGGAAGCUCGUUCAGUUUGCAGAAGAGCGAAAUGGAGCUGAUUCCUGCAGUGGUUCUUGUUGCUUUUCUAGUUUGGGUUGAAGGCUCAACUCUGCCUUACUCCAGUCACCGCUCCUUGAGGAAAACCUUCGGUCUGUCCUCCAAAGACUCCCUGUGUAACCACAUGCUGAAGCACCUCCACAACGGCGCCCGAAUCACCGCCCAGAUGCCUCCCAACGUGGAGGGCCACUGGGUCUCCACCAGCUGUGAGGUGAGACCCGGUCCAGAGUUUCUAACUCGCUCCUACAGGUUUUACCCCAACAACACCUUCCAGGCCCACCAGUUCUACUACGAGGACAACCACUGCACCAAACCCUCCUACACGUUGAUCAUCCAUGGUCGGCUGCGCCUGCGCCAGACCUCCUGGAUAGUCCGGGGCGGCACGGAGGCAGAGUACCACCUCCACCAGGUCCAGACAGUGUCUCACACAGCCGCCAAGGCCGAAGAGCUGAGCCAGAGGCUCGGCCGCAGUUGCAGAGGGGCUACGAAGGGCCCCUGGGAGCCCGACAGGAUCUACGAGCUGUGGCACGAAGAGGGAGGCUACGACUGCUCCAGAGAGCUCAACUUCACCAUGCACGAGCUGCAGCUGCUGCGGCUGGAGAAGCAGUACCUGCAUCACAACCUGGAUCACCUGGUGGAGGAGCUGUUCCUGGGAGACAUCCACACCGACGCGACGCAGAGGCUCUACUACAAACCCUCCAGCUACCAGAUCCCCCUGCAGAACGCCAAGAACCACGACCACGGCUGCAUCGUCUGCCGGAUCAUCUACCGGUCGGACGAGUUCCACCCGCCCGUCCUGCCGCCGGGGGCCGACCUGACCGUGGGCCUGUACGGCCAGUGGGUGAGCCAGCGCUGCGAGGUGCGCCCCGAGGUCCUCUUCCUCACCCGCCACUUCGUCUUCCACGACAGCAACCACACCUGGGAGGGGCACUACUACCACUACUCUGACCCCCACUGCAAACACCCCACCUUCACCAUCUACGCCCAGGGCCGCUACAGCCGAGGCCUGCCCUCCACCCGGGUCAUGGGAGGGACCGACUUUGUCUUCAAAGUGAACCACAUGAGAGUGACGCCCAUGGACGUGGCCACCACCUCCCUCCUCAACGUCUUCAACGGCGACGAGUGCGGCGUGCAGGGCUCGUGGCAGGUCGGCGUGGAGCAGGACGUCACGGCGACCGACGGCUGCGUGGCCCUGGGCAUCCGGCUUCCCCACACCGAGUACGAGCUCUUCCGCAUGGAGCAGGACGCCCACGGCCGCUACCUGCUCUACAACGGCCAGCGCCCCAGCGACGGCACCAGCCCGGACCGCCCGGACAAGAGAGCCAGCUCCUACCAGAUGCCCCUGGUCCAGUGCUCGUCGAGCAGCCAGCGGUCCGAUGGCGGCCGGGGGGACGGCGACGCGGACCGCUCUCUCCUGUUCCACAACGAGGCGUCGGGGCGGCGCGGAGGCGGCAGCAGAUGCGCCGCUGCCGCGCUGCUCGUCGCUGCUCUGCUGCGACUGUGUCAGAGUUAGGCAGCUGUUUGGGCUUUUUUCGUUCCACGCAACCUUCAAUCGGCGAGGGUUAGCGA